GAUACCUAGAUCUGUCAUUCUGUACGUCAAUCCAUACUCAUCGUCUUCUUCUCGUUCGACUUUCUUUCUCAUCUCUAUAAAGCGUUAAUUGCAAUUUACUUGAUUCCACCUAUAACAGAUUUUGCUUGUUGGAGACUGGGUUAGAUUUCUUUCUUUCCUCUGGCUUCUGGGUUGUCGAAAGAGUUCGUUUGAAUGAUUGUUUGACAGGGUUUCAUACUUUCAUGCCUUUUCGAAAAGGAAAAAUUAUCAGCGCACUGAUUACGCCGCUGCCAUGGCGUGGCGGAGACGGGGGGUUACCUCUUACUUGUUUUUCCUCUGCAUCUUGCGAUACAGCUCGUAUAAUCAUCCGUGUUGUGUUGCAAGAUGCAGGGAAAUGCAAGUUAGAAACGCAUACGCAUCCCAGAAGUUAAAAGUUUACUUUUGCUUUAAGACUGUUUGGAUUGGAGGUGUUGGACGAAGAGGGAGGGGAAGGGAUGGGGACGGAUGGCAAGAGAGGGGAGUGAGGGUUUCUUCUUUCACCUGUUUGGUUUCCAAAAAGGUAAAAAGAAAGGGGAAUGAGAUGUACUGAUUCAGACUCCUUCCAACUACUUUUAAAUUUACAGAUUUGCAAUCUCCCAUUUAGGGGGUUUGGGAGGAAUUUGAGUGAUUAUUUAGAUUAAGUUAAAUGUAAUUAUAAAAUUAAUUUUAAUUA